AUGGACCUGCUGUUCGGGCGCCGGAAGACGCCGGAGGAGCUGCUGCGGCAGAACCAGCGGGCACUGGCCCGCGCCAUGCGGGAGCUCGACCGCGAGCGCCAGAAGCUCGAGGCGCAGGAGAAGAAGAUCAUUGUUGACAUCAAGAAGAUGGCCAAGCAGGGGCAGAUGGACCUGGUACGGACGCGGCGCUACGUGAAAAAGUUCAUCACCAUGAGGGCCAACGUCCAGGCCGUGUCCCUCAAGAUCCAGACCCUCAAGUCCAACAACUCCAUGGCCCAGGCAAUGAAGGGCGUUACCAAGGCCAUGGCCACCAUGAACCGGCAGCUGAAGCUGCCGCAGAUCCAGAAGAUCAUGAUGGAGUUUGAGAAGCAGGCGGAGAUUAUGGACAUGAAAGAGGAGCUGAUGAAUGAUGCCAUCGAUGACGCCAUGGGGGACGAGGAUGAUGAGGAGGAGAG